AAUACGAAUGACUGGUUUCUUAGGACGAACAUUUCAGUUGGUCUAUUCUGUAGAACAUGAAUAUUCAUCUCGACAACGAAAUGACAACCAUUUUAACACGAUGGAUACGUGCAUAUAUAAAUACUGCUAGCAGUUCUUUAUGAAUUAUAAAGCAAACUGAACUGAAACUCUUCUAUCUGACAACAUGGGUACACAGACUAAGGGUCUUCUAUCAUACUGGUUCUCCGUUCUGAAAUUCUUAUUUUUGUUUUGUUUGAUUCCAAUAAAGUGUGCCAGCUAUUGCUACUACAAGUACAGUUCCUACUAUGGAUACAUACGAUACUACUGUUACUACUACUAUUACUACUACUAUUAUAGCUCCAGUUCCUAUAGUAGUUACAAAUCAACUGGAUCGAUUAUUGGGAUUGCAGUCGGUUCUGUUGUGGGCUUCGUCAUUUUCGUGAUUAUUGUGGUCGGCGUUUGUGCGCAAAUUUGCAAGAAAAAAAAUCGAGGCCAAACGAUUGUCCAGCCGCUGCAACCAAACAUCUCCUAUGUUAAUACAACACAAAAUCCCCAGGGAGGACACAAUCCACUGUACUAUAAUUCCCAGUAUCCGCCCCCCGCGUACCCCUCCCCUGCGUACCCACUCCCAUCGCAACCAUUCCCCAACCAAGGCAAUUCACCGAGACCGGAACAAGCUGCGCUGCCUUCGUGAACUUUUUUCUAUAUUGCGAAAAUUUAUGUUGUGUUGUGAAAUGAAUCAAAUGGUUGACAUAACCAUUAAGGGAAUUGUACAUAGUAUAUAAGUUUUAUGCCAUUUCACUGCAAUAGUGUUCAGUCUCUGCAUCCAUAUACCGACGCCAUUUGGGCUCAGUUACAUGCACGAAUAUAUCUUGAAAGGGCUUCCAUAGUGUGAUGUACUUUGAUUGUGGUGUCUAAUUACACCUCAAAUUCACAAGUAUGGAUAUGAUUGCUAGCUUAAACACCGACAUAAUACUACUGAUAUGGUGGCAGCCACCGAGCUACCAUGCAUUUCCUACAUGCUAAUUUCCUGCUUAUGAUAUAAAUGCCGGUAACCAACUGGAUUUUUAAUUCUAUAAUGAUAUGCAUAAGAUGUUGUAAAAAUCCUUGAAUGAACUGUCUGGUACCAAAUACACUGAAAUUUAGAGAAUUAAUGACAACAUCAAACUUUAAAACAUUAAAAAAGACUAUAUGUAUGUUUACUUAUAAAAUCCUGGGUUAGUCUGCUGCCCUCCCUAACAUGUAUAUUUAUUAAAUUUCCGAGUCCCUUUGUAUGCAACAUGUCCCCACCUCUAAUGAAUAUAUACGUGCAUGUACUAUAAACAUACUUAUACCCUUGGAAAUAUUGUUUAAAUGAUUAUAGAAUUAUAUUUAUGUAUCUCGUGUACCAUUGUAUGAAUGGUUUGAGUGAAUAAAUUAAUUGAAAUUGAA